ACCGGUAACGGCGUCUCAGCGGCCUUGGCGCCUUCCGCGGGGGCCAGGCUGCCCGGGCGGCGGCCUCCCGCGCCUCUUCCGCGGCGGCUGGCGAAGGCCCGGGGCGCCGACCAGCGAUGUCGGAGGCGAGUGGAAGCGAUGAUUUCUCUUCUUCCUCCUCCUCCUCGCAGAGCUCGAGUGCGGAGCGCGGCCGCCCCUCCACCUCCCGUAACGGCGCCGUGCCCCAGCACAAGCAGCACCGGCUGUCGGGCCGCCCGCUGGCCCCCGAGGAGGAGGGAGAGGAGCCGGAGGCGGCGGGGGAUAAACCCAGGCGGUUGGAGAGCGCCGAGGUCGCCGGCGAUGAGCGGAGCAGGAGGAUGCUCCGGAACCAGUACCGGGAGCUCAUCUGCAGCGUCCAGCAAAAUCGUGAGGAUAUGCUGAGUUCAAAAAGCAACAGACUGACAGAAGCUUUGGAAGAGGCCAAUAAACUGUUCAGUGGAGUUUCCUGUGCGCGAGAGGCUGCGUUGGAUGCCCAAUUUCUUGUCUUAGCAUCAAAUCUGGGAAAGGAGAAGGCCAAUGAGUUGCACUCUGAGAUGACAGCAUUUGAUUCACUAGCAUUUGCGGACGACUUGCCAGAGCAUCCAAGCGUGUCACAGUCACAGUUCUCUGUUCUAAAGAUGGAAAAAUGCAUGGAUGUGGAUGUAGAUGCAGAUGCAGAUGUAGAUGGAGAUGUAGAUGUAGAUGAAGAUGGCAGGGAUUUUAAGUUUCUGUCUGAAGAUAAACCCGUCUUUUUAAAGACAGUUACUUGA